AUGAACUUCUUCAAGAAGGAAAAGAGCAAUGGCUCUCCAUACGAUCCCCAUCGUCCCUCUGUGACGUCAAUCAUGCCCGACGGCGACGUACCAAAUUACGAGGGUCUUUCUGCGGAUGAAGCUGCGCUCACGGCGCUGGGUUACAAACAAGAGUUCAAACGAGAGUUCUCGCUAUGGACGACGUUUUGCGUUUCGUUCGCGGUGCUGGGUUUGCUGCCCAGUUUUGCGAGUACGCUGUACUAUGGCAUGGGAUAUGCGGGGACGGGUGGAAUGGUGUGGGGUUGGUUGAUAAGUUGGUUUUUCAUCCAGUGUGUAGCGAUGGGUAUGGCAGAACUCUGCUCGAGUAUGCCUACGAGUGGUGGACUUUAUUAUGCGGCAGCUGUGCUCGCGCCUCCUGGGUGGGGCCCUUUUGCGGCUUGGGUUACAGGCUGGUCGAAUUGGAUGGUGCAAAUCACCGGUGCGCCUUCAGUGGACUAUGCUCUUAGUGCAAUGGUGCUCGCCGCAGCCUCAAUCACAAAUCCGAGUUAUGUGCCGCAAGAUUGGCACACCUACCUCCUCACCGUCUUCAUCAUGCUGAUCCACGGCUGCAUAUCCAGCAUGCCAACUCUCUGGAUUGCAAGAUUUAACUCGUUUGGUUCAACGCUGAACAUGAUAGGCUUGGUUGUCGUUAUCAUCAUGAUUCCAGCGGCCGUUACCGGCUCUGAUACGAGCCCGAAGUUCUUCCCUUCGAGUCAGGUCUGGUCGAUCCAGAAUGGAACAGAUUGGCCAGACGGCAUAGCAGUGUUGAUGAGUUUCCUAGCUAUCAUAUGGACGAUGUCUGGUUAUGAUGCGCCGUUCCAUCUGUCUGAGGAGUGCAGCAACGCUAAUAUUGCGUCUCCUCGUGCUAUCGUUAUGACCAGUGGAAUAGGAGGGCUCGCAGGCUGGGCUCUGCAGCUAGUCGUUGCCUAUACAGUCAUUGACAUCCCAUCUGUCCUCGACUCAGAUCUAGGUCAACCCUGGGCAUCUUAUCUCAUCCAGGUAAUGCCUCAAAACACUGCGCUUGCCAUUCUCGCCAUUACCAUCAUGUGCGGUUUCUCCAUGGGACAAGGCUGCAUGGUGGCCGCGUCUAGAGUGACAUUUGCAUAUGCCCGUGACGACUGCUUCCCAUGCUCUUUCUGGAUGAAGAAGGUGAACAAGCAUACUCUCACGCCUGUGAAUGCAGUUUGGUUUAAUACUGUCAUCGGUUGCCUCCUAUGUCUCUUGAUCUUCGGCGGCAGCGUUGCUAUUGGUGCUAUUUUCUCGGUGGGAGCUAUCGCUGCGAUGAUCGCCUUCACGAUCCCUAUAUUUAUCCGAGUGUUCUUCGUUGGAGAUCGAUUUCGACGUGGACCGUGGCAUCUGGGUAAAUUCAGCAAACCCAUUGGCAUAUUGGCCUGCUCAUUCAUUCUUGUCAUGAUGCCUAUGCUCUGCUUCCCCUCAGUGCGAGGUAAUGAUCUGACAGCCGAGUUAAUGAACUGGACUAUUGUUGUGUAUGGAGGACCAAUGGCGAUGGUACUCGCGUGGUGGUUUAUCUCUGCACACAAGUGGUUCAAAGGUCCCGUUAUCAACGUCGAGCAUCAUAUGCUGGGUAGAGAUAAUGCGGUUGUCCAUGGUGUUGAAGGCCUAUCAGAUAGUGAUACGCCGAGUAUACCUGACAAGAAGGCUGAAACAGGGUUGGCGCCGGUCGUGGCUGUCAAGUGA